ACUGUCAUUUGUGUGCUUCGUUCGAUUGUUUGCUUUUCUAUUUUCUCAAUGUUUUAUUUGGGCUCUCGUGAACUAUAAUAAUCGCGUUGUGUUUUUAUUACCAAAUUCUGUUCUCCCUACCUGCGCUUUGCAUUUGCCAGUAGUUCUGUGAUAGUGCGUUUGAUUUUUUAGUUUUAUUUUUGAAUUUAUUAAAUAGUGUUUUAUUUAAAAUUAUGUUUUUGCAUAAUAAAUGUAAAAAGCACUGUUUUUGAGUGAUCAGACUGUAAAUAGUGCAUAAAUGCUUAAAGCCUGUGAAGCAUCGAUGACAAAAUUUUAUCGGAGAAGCGUGAGACAGAGGUGGGACUAUGUUGUUUCUCAGUGUCUUAGCAGUCGGCAUGAUAACUGGGCUGCAGAAUGUCACCACGGAGGUGGGAAGUACGGGCAGUGACGACACAGAAGCGGCUGCUACUGAGAAAAGCACAGGAGCAAUGGGACUACUGGAGACGACGAAAUUAUCGGGCUCCCAGGGCGGGGAUUUCGUGAACGUGACAUUGCACGAGCAGCCGUCGAUGUGGGACCUGUAUUUGAACCAUUGCCCGAAGUGGAGGCCGAUAAACCAUGUGUUUUUCCAAGUGGCUAAUGUGUUUUUCCUGCUAUCGUUUUUGGCGCCACACACGCCCUCUGGGCUGGUGUGGCUGCGCGUGGGCCUGGUGCUGGGGUGCGCCUUCUCCGCUUUGUGGGCGUGGAGCAUAGAGUGCUUCCUUGAUGCUGUGCUGUGGAAUUCAACCUUUGUGCUCAUUAACUUGGUUUAUUUCUCUGUGCAUUUUUAUCUGAUGAGGCCAAUCAAAUUCCACAAGGAUAUUGAGGAGGUGUACAUAGCGUUGUUCAAGCCGCUGCGCGUGUCGCGGCGCCAGUUCAGGCGGGUGCUGAUGUGUAUGCGCAACGUGCGACACCUUAAGUGCCACGAGCUGUACGCACACGAGAAGGUCACCAAAGUGGACAGCCUCUCGCUCGUCCUCUCCGGGAAGCUGGUGGUGUCACAGAACCAGCGAGCGCUACACAUAGUGUUCCCACAUCAUUUCCUGGACUCGCCGGAGUGGUUCGGCGUCUCCACAGACGAGUUCUUCCAGGUGUCAAUAAUGGCGAUGGAGGAAUCUCGUGUCCUCGUGUGGCAUCGAGACAAGCUCAAGCUGUCCAUCAUGUCGGACGCCUUCCUGCAGGUGGUGUUCGAGCACAUACUGGGCAGGGACGUAGUGCAUAAACUUAUGCAGGUUAGCGAAACGAUGGCUGUAAGCAACGGCCAUUUGCCCAACAGUUACGAAGAGGGUGAAGAUAAACCUAUGCUGGUGGUGAAGAAGGCGGGCGAUGGCCCCGGCAUCACCGCGCUACUCAACCGGCAGCUACAGGGCGAGCGCGCGCCGCUGCUGCCGCCCGCCCCCGCCCCCGCCGCCCCCGCCGCCGCGCGCCGCCCGUCGCCCGUCCCGCUCUAGCCCGAGUCCGACCUAUAUGCCCGUCCCUCUCCCACCCGUGUCUAGCACAAACAUCCUCAAAUUCCUCAUAUUCCAACCCGCGUUCCCGCCUACUAACCGGCUUCCCUAAUGGUCAAUUUAUACUAGCCCAGACUCGAAGCGCAUCGAACGUAAAAUUCUUCACAGCUAAAGUAAAGUUGUACAAAUGCGCGCGCAUUCGCGGGAAUACGCUUUUAUCAGCAUCAGUGCUAUUGCAUUACUAGUGCUAUUACGCAGGCUAAUUUCCGACUGAUGACGCGUAGGUUCGUUAGUGGACCAAUCAACGUUGAUCACGCGCAGACGCGAUAACUCCGUCGAAUGAGCGCGCGUCUUUUUAAAUCUCCGAAGUAAUGUGUGCAGUCCGCUGUGGAGAUAAGGUUUGAAUUUGUUAAGUUAAUAAUUGGAUUUACGUUUUGAUGCGCUUCGACUAUUCGCUAGUGUAAAUUGACCUUAACACCUACACUACACUACUCGAGAAGUUAUCCGCGGUUAUGCGAGUACGACAGUGUAGAGAGGUACUUCUGAUCGCUUCGUACAACCUCGGCUCGGCUCGGACAACUUCCGAUAAUUCUCGGUUUUGUGCCCCAGUCAAAGGACUCGAAGCGUCCUGAAGUUCUAUUACGAAGUGUCUCACUACACUAUUCGGCUUCCUUCAGUUCGCGACAGGACAACUUCGCGAGUAGUGUUGUGUAGGUAUUAUGGUGGCCACCGAUCAUCCUGCCGCUUGACCAAAGGCUUGAUCAAGCGAAACUGACCGUGUAAGGGUAUUUUAGAUGGGCAUGCCACUUGACCGAAGGAUUUUCAUUUGAUCAAGCCUAUUUGAUCAAUUCACAUGAUCAUGCGGCAUGAUAUUGAGUGGACACUUUGAUGUAUAGCGCGAUCGUGUACAACUAACUACCAGUCCAUCUACCGCGUGAACUUAGGAAACAAACAUCGCGUUGGCCAGUUUGAAAAUAUUCCGAUGAAGAACUUCUUCCGCUUUGGAAUGCGGUUAAUAAGUCGAAUUUCCGGUUCAUUUUAUAAAUUGCGUAGACGGAGCAGUAAAAUAUGUAAUUUUGUUUGGCCUAUAAAGAAAUAUAAGUUGGAUCCUGAUCUCUUUGUCCUGGUGGCUGACGCGAUGUUUGAGCAUUACGCAAGUACCAGAUCUUCAUUCCGAUAACUUGACUCCCCUGCUCUUUAACUCCGCAUUGGUGAAGAUGCAGCCUUGUAUGUCGCAUUUCGACGCCAAAUUUAAACUGCUGCUCCGCUUAAUAUGAACUCGAGUUCUAUCUUCCGUUAUCUCAAGGACUAAAUAAUUUGAAUUAAAUCCGUACGUAUAUAGAGGCUGGAUCUUCCUGAAGAGGAAAGGUGUCCAUUACACACAUAUUAAUAAUCGGCCCAGAGAGCGUUCCUUCUAGAUCUCUCUAUGCUUUGUCACUCAUUUGGAAUAGAAAUAGAUAGCAUUCUUCCGUUCCCGAUCACAUGAAUAUAUUAUAAUAUUAUUGAUUUACUAACAAAUCGCUGACAGAUUCGUGUUCGACCUGUGUGUUUCGCUGUCACUAAUUUGUAACUAAAUAAAGACAAAACAAUAGAGAGAUAUAGGUAGCGGCAAACUUCUUGAGCAAAACCACAGACAAAUAAAAUUGCGCAGUAGACGUUUUUGUAUGUAAAAUUUCAUCUGCGCAGACUUCCUUGUCUUUGGUCGUUGCUCAAGAAGCUUGCUGAUGUGUGUACAUAUACAAGGUAUUUGUCUUUAAUUUAAAACUAAUGUGCAAUGGGCAUCUGAUGGUGCUUACAAACCGGUGAUAUAAGUAGAGUGCAGAUUUCACACUAACCCAACCGAUAUGAGUAUUUAAUACAUACUUACAUAUAUUAUAUAUGUUUCGGUGUGUGAUUCCUUGGUUGUUUAGCUUUAAUAAUACACUAUAAAGUACAAUAUAAAUUGUCAUAUUUUCUCAAUCAAUUAUAGACUUUACGUCAAAGACGUUUAAGUUAAAUAUCGGUAAAAAUACAUUUAUGGGUUAAAUGUGCCGUAGUAGCCACUUGUACAAACAAGUUCAAACAACUGGCUUACGCAACUAAUAGGCUAAGUGUUUCAUUAAACGAUUAAAAUACUCUUGUCGGUUAAUUUAGCUAUUAUCUGUGUUGUAUUCUUAACUGUGUAUAGUAUAACAAGAACGUACAUAAGUAUAUAUGUAUAUUAUAUUUAAUGGUAGACGUGUAUACUUUUAGUAAUUGUUAUGCACAAAUAAAGCCGACGACAAAAUUAAUUUUAUAAAAUGCUGAAGCAGGAAAUUUACAUUUAUCGUGCUUAAAAGGGAUAUAUUUAAAUUGUUCUCAAAAGCAUAUAAAUGAUCACUUAAAAAUACAAUAAGUAAUUUAGUGAAACCUAAAGGUUAGGUUAAGUUAUCAAUUGCAUUUUUUGAGGAUCAUAUUCUAUUCUAUUAUUUUGAUGAUUAUUUAAUUAAUAUGUGCCGUUUGAAAAUAAACAAAAUAAUACUUUAAUUAUUUGUUUACUUUAUUUUUGUUGUCGACUUUAUAUUGGAUUUGUUAAUAGUAAGUGAGUACCUGUUUAAAUAUUAUAAUUAUCUCAUCAUUUACCAUGACAUAACACGGCAUAGAAACAUAACUUUUAUCAUAAAUUUUAGCAUGAUUAAGUUGCACACCUAGAGCAUAAAGGUCUCAACUUAAAAAUCAUAUUUUUAUAGAUAUUCCUACUGAUCGAGUUCAAGUGUGAGUUGUAUCAAAGAGCUAUUUAAAGUUAAAAUUGCUAUAACUUUACCAUGCCGCCUUGUUUAGAACAGUUAUUGUUACUGUCAAAUUAUGACAAAUUAUGAAGUUGACAUCAACACAUGUUUUCAAUUUUUGAUGUCAUCUUUCAAUUGACGACACUGUUUGAAACAAAACAGGGAGAAAAAAAUAGCCCUUGCUGAGUUUCUUGCCGGUUCUUCUCAGUACAAGGUCUCCCGCCGUAGAUUUACGAACCGAUGGCGUAGCGUUUGACUUUCACAAGAGCUUGUAACAGCCUAGACUGAAUGAAUGAGUUUGAAUUUGACCACAUUUUGAAUAUCGCCAAAUAAACCUUUAAAUAGUCUACUGCCCAUGUCAAACCACGUGGCACGUCAAGUCUCAUCUUUCGUGGCGCCUAUUGUACGUCCUGUUGACUGUAGUUAAAAAAAGUUAACAAAGAACCUGGUUCCAUAUUAUUGUUUUUUUUUCUCUGUAUUUGUGGCAACAAACAUUUAUACAUUUUAAUAAAAUUGUUCUGUGGUCACAGUGCAAUUAUAAGAGACGUCCUACAGUGCCAGUGCCAAUUUAACUUAUUAGUUACAGCAAAACAUUAUAGAACAAGUAUUAUACUUAAAAAAAAGAGCUCUGCGCAAGAUCCAGAUCUUUAUUCCGAUAACUUAACUCUUUAACUCCGCAUUGGUGAAGAUGCAGCCUUGUAUUUCGCAUUUCAACACCAAUUUUAAACUGCUGCUCCGCCUAAUAUGAACUGGUCUAUUACAUUAUAGAACAAGUAUUAUACUUAAAAAAAUACAUGAGAAGACAAAACAUAUAGACAUCCAAAAAAAUCUUUUUUUUUUUAAUACUAAUAAUUAAUUUUAUUUUCUCUUCACAAACAGUUUUACACAAGUUCCAUAUAAUCAUAACAGUAAAGGCACAAAUGAUAAGUUUGUGUGAGACUGAUGCCUGAGAUAGGUAUGGUAACAUACCUGUUUUACAGGUCAUCAGGCUCCCACCACCUUGGUUUAUAAGAACAAUGAUUAUGAUUUACAUAAAUAUCUAGUUACUAUCUAUUAUUAUUUACUAUCUAUCUAUAAAGUUUAUGUUUAUAUAAAUGCUGUCUCUUAAUUUUAGUUUAAGAAAUUUCUUUAAAUUUCAAUUUCAAUCAACAAAUAAUUAAGUAAUAAACAACCAUCAAUAUCUAUGACGGUGUUUUUCAGUUGAGACUAUUAUGAUCUAUGCGUGCCAAUAUGUAUGUAUUAAAACGUCCUAGUCUAUUUGUGCUAAUAAGUAUUUCUAUGUAGUUUUAGUAGGUACUUUGCAUGUGUUGUGUUAGACAUAAUUUUAACUGUAUUCAAGAUGAAUAGAUAACAGUUGUAUCUUCGUUUUUAUAUAUUUUUUGAAAACGAGAUAAUUAUUCUGAAUUAAGAGAAAAAUAUAUUGCAAAUUUUGAUAUGCAAAAUAUCUAUUCGUCUUUUUAUAUUCAUUUACCGAAUGCUUUAAAUUAUAAUUAUAUAUUAAUUUAUGUUUAAACCGUACCGAAGUAUUAACAAAUUUAUUUAGAGCUUUAGCCCAUAAUAUCCUAUCCUUAAAGUCCUAAAUCCCAAAAGCAUGUUUGGAAGAUCUACAGAGAAAGCGUCGGACCCUAACGCAUGGCGUCUCGGGAGAAUCGAAGAGGCGGACCACGAGACGCCCGUCUGAGGGCGCGCGCUGCACGUAGCGGUUCGACCGCGCAGUAAACGCGGACGCCGCUAGUGCAAAGUCAACCUAACCCCUAAACAUUUAGUGUUCAUAAAUCCUAGUGAUCUAAACUUCGUUGCUCAUACUGCCUAUAUUGGGAUAUCAGUAAAAAAAAAAACGCUCGCGAAUUCAGACUCUUCGGUAUUGAAAACUCAUUAUAACCCGAUUGUUUUAAAUACAUUCGUUGUCAAAAAAGCGGCACCUCCGUGAAAAUUACUUUCAAGAGUUAUUAUAACCUUUAACACACGCAUUUACCCCCAUCAAUAUUGGCGUCAUUUGAAAGCUUAUUAAAUACCCUUAAAUAAACAAUUCAAUUAAUUUGUUUCUAUUGGAACAGUGCAAAAAACAAUAAAGUUUACAAAACAAUAAAAAUCUAUAACUAAGCCAUAAUUAAAAACAGUUUAAUUACUCAAAAAAAAUACGAAAAGGUAUUUACGCGGAGGUGCGAUUUUUUUGACGCCGAAUGUAGUUUCUGUUGUUUGAACGAUACCAGUGCAAGAAAUGUGUUAUUCUAUGUUAUUGGUGAAUGAAGAACUUAUAAAUUGAAUGUAUUAUUGUUCAUAUUGUAUAAAAUGUUUGGCAGCUGUAGAAUGUGGUAAAAUUGAUCUCGAUGCUUGUACAGUCAUUUGUGUGGUUUAUCAUUUCGAUUGCUGUAAUUACAUUGAAAUAAUGGAAAUGGUAAAGUUAUAAAUGAAACAAGAUAAUGAUGUUGCAUAUAUAAUAUAAUAAUAACUAGAUGUAGUUUUUUUUUACUGUGCUAUAGUGUUAUUAUAUGUUAUAUAUUAUAAAUAUGCAUUGUAGUUUGUCUGCGAUAGCUGUUAAAGUCAUAGUAAAUCUUUCUUCUUUAAUACUGUAACACAAUUCAAGAUAUUAUUAAAAACAAUAAAUAUUUACGAAUCCCAAUAUCGCUCUUAUUAUAAGUCUGAUGAUAAAAAUUAAUGCAAUAUAAUAUAAAAGAUAUUGAGAAUACAAUAUUAUGGUGAAAGAAAGAAUGUGAAAAGACUAGAUACAUACUUUGUGUAUACUAUAUUGUAAUACUCACUGAAUUAAGAAAGCCAUAAAAUACUUACUUAUACUUUAGAAUAUUUAUACAUUGGUGGCUUUAUAUUAAAUGUAUAUAAAAAUGAUUGAUGUCAAUAAUAAGAUUGAUACAAUGAUAGGGCGAUAAAAUACACAAAAAGCAAAAUUUAAUCCAAGUAUAAUUAUGUUGUUGUGUAGCUCUUUUAGGUAUAUUCCAAUGUGUAUUGAACAAUCAAAUUACAAUAACUAUAUAAAAUCUGAGCCACUGUGCCUGACACUAUUACAUUCCUGCCCCUACAGCAUGAAUACCACAAUAGGGUAUUAGACAGUGUUAAAAAUAAAGUGUUAGCAUCUGUGUUUAGAAUGAAUAUCGGCAGAGGUUUUUACUAUUUUUACAAAAAAAUAUUCAUAAUUUUACAAAAAAACUAACGAAAAAGAUAAUAGUUUUCUUAUCUAUUGUCACGUGACCCAAAACGC